AUGGAAAAUUCAAGGACGACGCUGCGUGGGCUUCACAACUUUAUUCAAGGCAUCCACCGCUCACAAAAUCAAGAAGAGGAGAAGAAGACAGUUGAGAAGGAAAUGGCUCACAUUCGUAUGGAAUUUAAAACGGGGAAGAAGUUGAAAGGCCACGGACGACGUAAAUACAUAUUGAAAUUGUUGUACAUCUACGUGUUGGGGUAUGAGGUCGACUUUGGAAUUCCAAUCAUCACAGAGCUUUUGACAUCUCCGAAAUACUCGGACAAACAAGUUGGGUACUUAGCGUUGUCUGUGUUACUCUAUGAAGAGCACGAAGCCACUCGUUUAGUUAUCAACACAUUACGAACGGAACUGAUCUCGGCCGAUCCAUUAAAUCAGUGUUGUUCGCUCAAUGUCAUUUCGUGCAUUGGGAACAAAGAAAUGGUUGAGAGUCUUGGCACUGAUAUUCUGAAUAUCUUGUUCUCUAACACAAUACAAACUGUUGUUCGAAAGAAAGCCGCACUCACAUUAAAACAUUUGUAUUUGAAGAACCCCGCGGUCAUUCAAUUGGACCCACAGUUCAAAGACAAAGUGAUGAAGCUCCUCAAUGGUACCGAUUUAUGUUUGGUGUCCUGUGUUGUUCAGUUAAUGACAGUUGUUGCUAUGAAAGACCCGGAGCCUUGGGCAGAUGCUUCAUCAAAAUUGCUCAACAUUCUUUCUAAGUUGAUGAACAAAGACUAUUCCACUGAGUACAAUUACCACGGUGUCCCAUCCCCUUGGCUUCAAGUGAGAAUUUUGAGGAUUUUGCGAUAUAUCCCACCAAAGAAAGGUGCAGAAGAAAAUUAUUUGUCCGACUGUGUUAAGUCCUUGAUAGACACAUGCGACAUGAAACUGGGAGAAAACACAAAGAACGCAAUGUUCGCCAUAUUGUUUGAAAUCAUCGAAUUGGCGCCGUUCAUCGACUUCCCAGAAAACACAAAGAUCAGAAUUUGCAACUUGCUGGGAAUGUAUUUGAACGCGACGGAGACGAACUUGAGAUACUUGUCGCUCGAUGCCAUGUGCUCGAUGAGUGCCAUUGGAUGCUCGAAAGAGCUUCAGAAAUAUUUAGUGAAGAUGAUCAACUCUUUGAAGGAAAUUGAUAUCUCUGUGAAGAGAAGAGCACUCCAAGCGUUGUACGAUGUCUUUGAUGCGGACUGCUGCAACAAGGUGUUGACCGAACUCUUCAAGUUCCUUCCUGUUUGUGACUUGUCGAUCAGGGAAGAGGUCAUUGUGAAGAUCUGUCUUCUUGCGGAGAAGUAUGCGAAGAAUUUGCAGUGGUACGUUGACAUUAUGCUUCAACUCAUUUCGGUCUAUGGAGACUACAUAGCCGAUCAAAUUGUUAAUAGAAUGCUUAGAAUAGUGAUUAACAAUGAAAGUGUCCAAGCAUUCGCAGCGAAAGCUACGUACAAAUACUUGCAAGAAGUCACUUGGAGGGACACAUUUAUUAGAUUGUCGAGUUACAUAUUGGGAGAGUACGCCUCCCUUGUCGUGAAAGACAACAUGAAAAUCGCGCAGAACAUAUUCGACAUAUUAAGCGAGAAGUAUCCCCUUGUCACAAAACAAACACAACUGGUCAUGAUCUCCUCGUUCGCCAAAUUGCACGCUACAUUCCCCUGUUUGAGAGAACAAAUUGCUAAGAUCUUUAUUAAGUAUCAAUCCUCGUCUAAUGCUGAAAUUUCAGAUAGAUGUCAAGAUUACUUGUUCAUGACUUCUAUGCAAGAAUUGGAACCAAUUGUCUUCGAACCAAUUCCACCAUGGGAUAGCGCACCAACUGAAGGAGCAAUUGUCGAUGGAGAAGUCACUGUUACAGAGAACAGCGCUGAAGUUGUCAAACAGAAUAACAAAGAAACAGACAAAGACGAUUUGCUCAUGUUGCUCGGUGUCUCCGAUGGUGCUAAACAGCCAGAAGCUGCUAAGAGUGAUUUGUUCAACAUCUUAACUGCUCCGGUCCCUGUCGCAGCACCAGUACAACCUACCCAACCAGUACAACAGCCAGUCCAACAACAACAAGCAACAAGUGGCGCAUUCGACUUUGGAUCUUCAGACUUUGAAACACCAAAAGCACCAGAACCGCCCAAGUCCGAGACAUUAAAACCAAGUGAGAACACAGAAAGGUACGAAGGGUGUAUCACAAAGAAUGUUGAACCACAAAUGGAACAAAUGGUCAAGACAAACCACGCCAAAUUGAUAUUAACAUUUGAAGGUGUUUUAUACCAAGACGAAGUCAUUCAAAUUGGUAUGAAGUCACAAUUGGAAUCGCCAUCGGCCCGUCUUGCCUUGUUCUUCGGCAACAGAACCUCUGAGAACGUCGAUUUGCAUUAUUCCGUUGAGUGUCCAAAGGGUCUUACAUUGACCAGUGGCGAAUUUAACGCCGUCGUUCAAGCCAAGAGCCAAACUCAGUCCGUCCUCCAAUUCACUUUUGGUGGGUUUUACUAUCAAUCCCCCGUUAUUAACAUCACCCACAAAACAUCUUCGUCGACAAAACAAAUCGCGUUCUCUCUUCCUUUAACUCCAAACGCUUUUUUGGCACAAGAACCACUCGACUCGGGUGUCUUCAUGCAAUACUGGAACACCAUUGGUGCUCCAACAGAGAAGAAAACUAUUGUGAAUUUGAAGAAAAACAACUCGAUGGAACUUCCAGUGAUCCUUGGCGGUCUUCGAUUUGUCUGCCUCGACGUCAAGCCCGAACAGAUCGUCGCGUGCUCCUGUUUCAAGGCGUUCCAAGACAUUUAUGUCUUGCUCAGAAUUGAAAUAAAUGCGGCCUCUGGCAAGGCUUGCGUCUACGUUAGAGCACACGACCCAGUUCUUGCGACUGUAAUACACAACAUCCUCUGCUACGAAAUCGCCGAGUAA